GGGGGCUAGAAGCCAGUGGGGCUGAAAGACAGCCAGGGAGUGAGGCCGCUCAGCUAGAGGAAGGAGGCAGCUCCAAGCCCCCAGGGCAGAGGCCCGUCAGAGAUGGAGCAGAAGAAAGGGAAGCCCUCUGAGGACGGGACCACUGUCUCCCCAGCCACGGAGGUCCCAGAGACGGUGGGAGGUGGAGCCUCUGCAGAGGACGAGGCCACAGGCCCAGCUGAGAGGUCUGUCAACGAGGGGCCUCCAGGUGGGGCAGGAAAGCGGGAGAGUGCACCAGCCAAGGACAACACAUCAGCUGAAUUCCAGGGGGAAGCAGAUGGGUUGGAUGAGGUCAAGGUGGAACCCAAAGGGAAGGCUGAACUUCAGAAGGAGGAUGGUGGGAAGGAAGAGACCGACUCUGAACUCAAGGAGGCUGAGGGAAAAGAGACCGUGUUGGCCUCUGAGAACCAGAUGGCUGAUGAGAAAGAGGCCAAGCCUGGAUCUAGGGAGAAAGCUAACGUGAAUGAGGAGGCCAAGGCUGAGCCGAAGCAAGCUGCUGGGGAGCAGGAGGCCAACACUGGAGGCAGGGAGGCCACUGAGGAGGAGGCCAAGGCUGGAGGCGGCGAGGCCACUGGCAAGGAGGAGGCCACCACGGUCUCUCAGGAGGAGAAUGACAAGACAGAAGAGCCUAAGGCUGAAGCCCAGGAGAAAGUCAGUGCUCCAGAAGCCAAGUCGGACUCUCAGAAGAAGGCUGCCAUGGAAGAGGAGGCCAAGGCUGAACCGCAGGAGGAGGAAGAGAUGAAGGAGGAGCUGGAGCCAGGCAGCCCUGAUGAAGAGCAGAACCAGGGUGUAGAGGGAGAGUCAGAGGAAGGCGCAGGAGUGCCUCCCAGCUCCCCGGAGGAGUGGCCGGAGAGCCCCACAGAGGAGGGCGGAGGCCCCAGCCCAGAUGGGCUGAGUCCGAUUGCCGAAGCUUCCGGAGAGACCAGUCCUUCAGCCAGUGAAUCUUCGCCCAGCGAUGUACCCCAGAGCCCCACAGAGCCCCCGCCCUCACAGGAGAAGAAGAAGGAAAGGGCACCAGAGCGGAGGGUGUCAGCCCCUGUCCGGCCCCGUGGGCCCCGGGCCCAGAACCGCAAGGCCAUCGUGGACAAGUUUGGCGGGGCAGCCUCGGGCCCCACCGCCCUGUUCCGGAACACCAAGGCCGCGGGGGCUGCCAUCGGCGGUGUUAAGAACAUGCUCUUGGAGUGGUGCCGGGCCAUGACUAGGAACUACGAGCACGUGGACAUCCAGAACUUCUCCUCCAGCUGGAGCAGCGGCAUGGCCUUCUGCGCCCUCAUCCACAAGUUCUUCCCCGAUGCCUUUGACUAUGCUGAGCUGGACCCCACAAAGCGCAGGCACAACUUCACUUUGGCCUUCUCCACGGCAGAGAAGCUGGCUGACUGCGCCCAGCUACUGGAGGUGGAUGACAUGGUGCGGCUGGCAGUGCCUGACUCCAAGUGCGUCUACACCUACAUCCAGGAGCUGUACCGCAGCCUCGUGCAAAAGGGGCUGGUGAAGACCAAGAAGAAAUGAGGGGCCGGCCGACCUGGUAGGCAGAGCGCCCAGCUGAUCCGAGGCUCACUUCUGCUCCAUGGAGGCAGCAGCAGCGCUGGGGCUCAGGCAGGCGCAGAUGGCACCAGUUUUAACUACAUUAAAAGUUCUUUUGUAAAA